UGAUGCAGCUAGUCAGACUACUGCCGGACGGCCACCAGAUGAAGAGGGAGGUGGACAUGGCUCUGGACUCAGUUAGCGAGACCAUGACCCCCAUGCAUUACCACCUCAGAGAGAUAAUCAUCUGUACCUACAGACAGAUUAAAAGUGGUAAGAGUGAGAAGGAGGUGCAGCAGCUGCUUCUGAAGAGUGUCCAGUAUCUGGAGCGUUACAUGUACCUGAUCCUCUUCAACAGCUACCUGCAUCUGGAGAAGAAGAACUCCUGGCAACGAUCCUUCACCACCUGGAUGCAACAGGUUAGUGGGCCUCCCGUUCAUUCACACAGCACAACUCACAGUGGUAUAACUUAGCCGUACACUGGCCUAGAAUAGAAGAGACUGGACUAGACUGGCCUAGAAUAGAAGAGACUGGACUAGACUGGCCUAGAAUAGAAGAGACUGGACUAGACUGGCCUAGAAUAGAAGAGACUGGAUGCAACAGGUUAGUGGGCCUCCCGUUCAUUCACACAGCACAACUCACAGUGGUAUAACGUAGCAACAGGUUAGUGGGCCUCCCGUUCAUUCACACAGCACAACUCACAGUGGAAUAACGUAGCUGGCCUAGAAUCGAAGAGACUGGAUGCAACAGGCUGGUGGGCCUCCCGUUCAUUCACACAGCACAACUCACAGAGGAAUAACGUAGCAGUACACUGGCCUAGAAUAGAAGAGACUGGACUAGACUGGCCUAGAAUAGAAGAGACUGGAUGCAACAGGUUAGUGGGCCUCUCGUUCAUUCACACAGCACAACUCACAGAGGAAUAACGUAGCAGUACACUGGCCUAGAAUAGAAGAGACUGGACUAGACUGGCCUAGAAUAGAAGAGACUGGAUGCAACAGGUUAGUGGGCCUCUCGUUCAUUCACACAGCACAACUCACAGAGGAAUAACGUAGCAGUACAAUGGCCUAGAAUAGAAGUAGAAGAGACUGGACUAGACUGGCCUAAAAUAGAAGAGACUGGGUACAACAGGUUAGUGGGACUCCCGUUCAUUCACACAGCACAACUCACAGAGGAAUAACGUAGCAGUACACUGGCCUAGAAUA